GCUAGAGAGAAGCCCUCCCUCCUGGCCUCCGAAGAGGGCCGUCUGGCAGCUCCAGGCUUCAGCUUUUAACAUUGUUUUUCCUGUGAUAAUUGCCGAUCAGGUCCUGAAUCGCCAAGCAUCCCAUCCUCUGCCAUGCAGGAUUGACCAGCCGCGGGAUCUUAUUGGCGCCAGCAGGGUUAAAGAUGAUGAGGAAGAGGAGGAAGCGCGGAGGCCGGACCGCCUGCUCAUGCAGCAGCUCCGCCGCAGCCGCCCCGUCGCUGGAGCCCCGAGGAGCUGCAUGGACGGGCAUGGGGAGAGCGGCCCUUUUCUGCGCCGCCGCCGCCGGGGCUGAGCAAGAGCGGCGCCACCGUCGCCCCCCGCCUCUGCCUGCCCUCGUCCUACUCUUCAGCCUUGGGCUGCUACUCCACGCAGGGGAUUGCCAGCUGCAAACACCAUGUCGAAUCCAGAAGUGCACCACAGACUUUGUAUCGCUAACUGCUCACCUAAACUCUGCCAUUGAUGGCUUUGAUUUGGAAUUCUGCAAAGCUCUUCGUGCGUAUUCUGCUUGCACCUACCGCAAUUCUAAAGUCUGCCGUGGAAACCUGGUCUACCAUUCUGCUGUGUUAGGUAUCAGCGAUCUCAUGAGUCAAAGAAACUGUUCCAAGGAUGGUCCAACAUCCUCUACAAAUCCUGAGGUUACCCAUGACCCAUGUAAUUACAACAGUCGUCAGGGAGUCAGAGAACAUCGAGGAGGAGAGCAAACGGCUCCAACUUACCUUUUCUGUGGCUUGUUUGGAGAUCCACAUCUGCGGACUUUUAGGGAUCACUUUCAGACAUGUAAAGUAGAAGGGGCCUGGCCUCUCAUAGACAACAACUACUUGUCAGUGCAGGUGACAAAUGUGCCUGUAGUCCCAGGAUCCAGUGCUACUGCAACCAAUAAGAUAACCAUUAUUUUUAAAGCUUACCAAGACUGUACCGAUCAGAAAGUGUAUCAGGCAGUGACUGAUGACUUACCAGCAGCUUUUGUAGAUGGCACAACGAGCGGCGGUGAUGGUGACACCAAGAGCUUGCGCAUUGUGGAGAGAGUGAGUGGCAGAUAUGUGGAAAUGCAUGCCAGGUACAUUGGCACCACUGUGUUUGUGCGCCAGCUUGGACGUUACCUAACACUAGCCAUACGCAUGCCAGAAGAGCUAGUCAUGGCUUAUGAAGAGAGCCAGGACCUACAGCUCUGUGUGAAUGGCUGCCCGUCAAGUGAACGCAUUGACAACAGUGGACAUCUACCUUUACCAGUGAUGGCACAGGCCCUCACUCAUGGCGCAUUGAGUCAGACCUGGAAUACGUACACACUGGAGAAUGCUUCUUCCAAAUGCCAUGAGAAGAUGCUGGUGAAAGACAUUUAUUUUUACUCUUGUGUGUUUGAUUUGCUCACCACAGGUGAUGCCAAUUUCACAGCAGCUGCCCAUAGUGCCUUGCAGGACGUUGAGGCACUACACCCCAGGAAAGAGCGAUGGCACAUCUACCCCAGAAGUGGGUGCAUUGGCUGGGAGAAUGGGGUGUCUCUUAGUCUUGGACUUGUGUGUUUGAUGCUUGUUGUGUUUUUGUAGGGUUUUUUGUCACGAACAAAGGUUUUAAAAUAUAUAUUGUCAUAAUAUAUUGAGUAAAGAGUAUAUAUGUAUAUACCAUGUAUAUGAAGGGAUCCUUUUUGUCCUGGGACACCCAGCAGAAUGUAAAUAUUGUUAACUUUUUCAUGUAUGUUGGAUGUAAUAUUCCUUUGAUUGUAAUGAUUUUUUUGCUUUGCAGUUGGUGAAAUGUUUUAUAAUGUCCUUUCAUCAGGACCCAAUAGAAAGCACUUUAUUUUUUAUAUAUUAAAUAUUUAUGUGUAUCUAGGUAAUAUGUAAAGCAUAUAUCUACAUGUACAUAUAUCAUACCCAGUGCUCCCUCUAAGUACUACUUAGCUUAACUAACAUGCUUAGGAUCUUUUGUGAUCCCCUUUCCCUCUCUCUUUCCCAUUCUUUGGACCAGUUAAGGUAACACAAGAAACUGGCCGGAAAUAAGCCCAGGAAGAGCUGAUUCUUUGUUUGGGCCCUGGACAUGUAGCCUCUUGUUUCAUAGGAGUAGAAGUAAUUGGCGUUGUCCCUCAUAAUUAGAUCAUUCAUAACUGCAUCGCUUCCUUUCCCUAAGGACCAUUUCUGUGUGACAAUUUGUAUUUGAGUUCUAAUAUAGAAGUACAGAAGACAUAAGUCUUGUAUUUGAUUAUUAGGGGCACAUGUGUGUAAAAGAUUGUCUUUUCCCCCCUUCCAGUGUACAUGAGUGUGAGCCAAUUUUUUUUAUGGUUUUAGAUUCCAUCUCUGAUAGAGUUAUAUAUAGAUAUGAUUGUCUUCAAGUUGUUAGUAUUAAAUAUGUACCCUUACAACAGUGGUAGGCUCUGUCUGGUUGAUGCAGUUAUAUUCCCCCUUCCCCAAAAUAUGGAAACAUUCAGUUUACCUAAGAAAAAUUACAAAAUUCUCUCAGUUGUAUUUCCAGACUUUAAUGACAUUUUCUUGUCUUAAAAGAGGCAGAAAAUUAGGAAACAGCCUGUUUCAAAACCUGUUAGUAGUUGGAACAGGGACAGUGACUUGUCAGUCUCGACCAAGGAAGAAGCAGUUAUGAAGAUGAGGCUUGGGUUGCUUCUUCAUUGGUUCUAUUCCAGCCUUCAGCAGUUUUCUUGAGUGCAACUCAGGGAGGUCAUAUUCAUGCAGUAGUUUGGUUUUGGUGGCCAAAUUGUCUUCCCAUGUGUUACAGGAGUUGCUAUGUGCCUAUAUUUUGCUUUCCUUUGGGUUUGUGUACCCCACAUCUGAAAGUGUGUUCUGCCAGUGGAGGCAGGUUUCAUUUUAUUUUAAUUAUACCUGGAGAAGAGGGUAAAAUAAUGUGUCCUUUGACCUGGGGAGGCUUGCUUUGAAAUACUGGAGAUUGCCUGAGAUGAGAAUUGUCAACACUAUGCUAGUUGUUAAUGCUGGUUGUAGAAUUAUGUAGGAUUAUGAUGCCAAACGCCGCUAAUCCCAGAGGAUAGGACUUUCUGAGACUACUGCUGAAUGUAGUGAGGCUAUGUGAAUUUCCAUUAUUACAAUAUAAAAAAGCCAUCAUUUUAUGAAUGUACAAAGCUGGCUUAUGCCAAGUUAGGCUCUUGUUCAAUCUAGCCUAGUUUGGUUGAUUUGGCAGUGGUUUUUUCCUUAUCUUUUUAACUGAUGCCAGUCAUUGAGCUGUGAACCUUCAGCAUACAAAGCUAAAGAACAGUUCUUCUCCCAUGCUAUAUGAGGUUUUAAUGGCUUACACCUCUAUGAGCUGUGCUAGUUAUGUUAAUUCCAUAAUUUCCUUGAUCUGCUCUGUAGAUUGCUGAAGAAAUCAACAUGUGCUACGCUACACUUAAGGUGCUAUCUGGCUUGUUAAGAUUGAAUUAAUGAGACCUGGUCUAGCUGUAAACUUCAUGGAUAGCCUGAGGUAACCCUCUGCUAUAUAGCUUCCAUAUGAAAUAGGGACACAAUAUAGGCUUUCCUUGUAGAUCCAAGAGACCACCAAACAGCAUAAAUACAGCCUAAUGCUCAAGCGACUCAUUUAGUGGUAAUGUUGAUCCUCAGUGCUGGAACUGGAGACAGUACCUGUAUACUCUUUAAUGCCUAAGCUGGAAGUACAGGUGAAGGUUCUGGGCAGCAUACAAGUUCAGAGUUUUCAGAUAUUCUGCUGAAUUUGCUAUUCAGUUCUUUUUGCUUGUUGCAUGAAUUAAUUGAAUUAAAAGAACUGCUUUAAUUCACUGUUAGGGCAGCAUAGAAUUUGGAGCAAGAAAAAAACAACAACAACGCCCCCCCCCCCCCGUGCUCCCAUCUUGUAUGGAGAAAACAUGUUAGUUUUAGAAUAGUUGAAUUUACCAUUUUGUGUGCCAAGUGAAAAGGUAUUUGUGGAAGAAGUUUGUAGACAAGCCUAGAGUUGCAGCCACAAUGUGAGCUCACUGUAAACAGCUCUGUACUACCUUAUUUCCUGUGUUCCUAAGCCUUGUGAAUAUAUAUGUACUCUAGUAUCUAAAUCAUGAAGCCCAGAGAUAAGUAAUAUUUCAGAAAUGUUAGUACCUGGAGUCAGUCUCUCUCUCUCGUUUUAAUUCUGUUGUUCCUGCUGUGGGAUUGCUAGAGAAAAUGUUAUUUGCACAUGUUAGCUCUUCAAGUCCACCACAGCCAAGAGAGCUUUACUUAAUGCCAAACAUAUGGAUAUUUUGAAGCUAGUGAGAGGUCUCUGGAGGAAGCUUACACUUAGAGGGAACACUGGUUCACAGACACUCCAAAUGGCUGUCUCUUAGAAGGCUUCAAACUUAUUUUUAUGUUUGAAAAUCCCCACAGUGUGCCCAGUCUUUUGCAAAGCCCUUUUAGAUGUGGUUCAUGGAUAUACUAAUAAGUAUAAGUUUGUGCUUUUAAAAAAGUGACUGUGUGGUGUAUAAAUACUUUAAAUUAUUAUGAUAGAAGAAUAAAGUUACAUACCAUGCUG